AUGCUCGCGGGAAUGAAUGUUGCAGCAGGUAGCAAGCUCGCUGCUGCUGUGACUAAUGCUGGCGGUAUUGGAGUCCUCGGUGGACUCGGCUACACGCCUAAGAACCUCCAACACCAAAUAGACGAGCUCAAAUCAUCGCUCAACGACAAGAACGCCCCCUUUGGCGUCGAUUUACUUCUCCCUCAAGUCGGCGGAUCGGCACGGAAGACAAAUUACGACUACACAAAGGGACAGCUCCCGGAGUUGUUAGAUGUUAUAAUUCGAAACAAAGCAAGUCUCUUCGUGUGCGCUGUUGGCGUUCCACCCAACUUUGCUGUUGAAAGGCUCCAUGAGGCUGGUAUACCCGUUGCGAAUAUGAUCGGGCACCCAAAGCACGCAAAGAAGGCGAUCGACGCUGGUGCUGAUAUACUCAUUGCUCAGGGUGGAGAGGGUGGCGGCCACACAGGAGACGUACCAACCAGCGUUCUUAUCCCUACCGUCGUAGAAGCCGUCCAGGGCACAAAGAGUCCCCUCACAGGCAAGCAGAUCCAGGUCGUAGCUUCUGGCGGUAUCUACAACAGCAAAGGAUUAGCAGCAGCUUUGUCAUAUGGCGCUUCGGGUGUCUGGGUCGGAACACGUUUCGUUGCGUGUGCGGAAGCCGCUGCACCCAAAAUACACAAGGAUUUGGUACUAAAGUCGACAUGGGAUGACAAUAUUCGCACUCUCAUCUACACGGGCAGACCAUUGAGAGUUUACGGACACGAUUACGUAAAACACUGGGAAGAGGAAAGGCGCGAUGAAAUCAAGGAGCUCACCUCGAAAGGUCUAGUGCCACACGAAGUGGAGCUUGAAAAGAGACCUGAGAUCUCUGCAAAGACGAGAAUGUGGCUGAUGGGCAAAGUCAGCGGAUCCAUCGACAAAGUUGAGACUGCGCAGGAGAUUGUCGAUGAAAUGGUACUUGGCGCUGUUAAGAUUAUCAACGAUAACGUCAAAUACCUCACCAAACAAGCCAAACUUUGA